AUGGAAAGCGGGGAACUUGUAAAAAGACUUUCUUUAUUAGAGGAUCAGAAGAAUUUACUAUUAAAUAGCGCUAAUAAACUAAAAGGCUGGCUUGGAACUAACGACGACUCUUCUUCUAUAAGUGACAACGAGCACGAAGAAACUGUAGCAGAAAAACUAACGCCUGUCAACAUG